GCAGUGCAACAAUCAACCGAAGGAUAUUAUUGUGACUUGAGAGAGGAAUAGUGUUUGCGUAUUUAUGGCAUAUAGUCCGAAGCGCGUUGCGUCGACUGCAUCAACAGCAGCACCUGCUUCACCAGCAUCAGCAGCAGUAUAGCACCACCACCACCACCAGAAGCAGCAGCACCACUGAAACCAUCUGCAGUACCUUCGACAGCACCACCACCACCACCACUGGAAGCAGCAGCAGUGAUAUGAACGCGUCGAGCGCCAGCGCGGAGUCGGCAGAAUCGUCAGCUGGGAGUCGGCGGGUGUCGCGACGCGUGCCACGUUCUGGUGUUGUCCCGAGAGAUACGAUCGACAGCAGAGUCAUCCUCGCUGCCAGCACCAGCAGCAAAUCCCUGGCAGCUGGUGCCUGUCCAUAACUCACGACACCGCGUGGACAAUCCGAUAGCAUUAUUGUCCCGACACGACGAGUGUUUGUGAGUCAACUCCCGAAUCCUAAAGUGGGAAGGAACUGCGAACGAAGAAAAGUUUAAACAAGGAAGCAGUGCUGGUCGAAGAGACUUUCGAGUGUGUGCAAAAAAAAAUACAAAAACUAAAUCAGCCAUGCAAAUGUCGUUCGCUGGCGUUUUUGCCCUGAUGCUGGUGUUUCAAGCAUCCAGAAACAGCAACUUUGUUUCUGGGACGGAUCCGCCGCACAGAAAGAUGCUUCGUGUCGUUACUUUAUAUGAGCGACCGUACAUGAUGAACAACACGGAAGACCCGGACGCCUCAGGGAAUGACAGAUUCGUCGGCUUUCUCAAGGACGUGUUGGAUGAAAUUUCCGACAAAGUCAGCUUCGACUACACUUUGUAUCUGGCACCUGAUGGACUGUACGGAGCUUUUAAUCAGCGCACUCAACAAUGGACCGGAAUGGUCGGCGAAGUGGCAACAGGGAAAGCCGACAUUGCUGCAAAUGCGCUGACCAUCACUUCAGCUCGGCAUUUGUCAGUCGACAUCACGAAGCCAUUCCUGUUCACAGGACUCAGCAUCCUGUAUAAGAAUUCUGGAAAUCAACGUGGCAUUAAUUCCAAUGGCGGAAUUACCUUGGAAGACCGGGAGGCAACCCUUGGAAUUAAUGCCACCUUCAUUUCAAGAAUUCUGAGGGAAAAGAUGGGCUACAGCAACAAGAUCUGCAGGAAGGGCGCCUCAUCAUUUGAGUGCUAA